AUGACAGCGGCAAGUAAUGGUAGUGCAACGAAUACAACUGUAGUAGCAGCGCUUUCCCACCAGGCGCAGUACUGUGGACCGUAUAAAAUUGAAAAAACGCUUGGAAAAGGUCAGACGGGUCUUGUGAAGACGGGAACGCAUUGUAUUACUGGUCGUAAAGUUGCUGUAAAAAUUGUUAACAAGGAAAAACUUAGUGAAUCAGUUCUUCAAAAGGUGGAACGCGAAAUUGCAAUAAUGAAAUUAAUUGAACAUCCAAAUGUGCUUCAUCUUUACGACGUUUAUGAAAACAAGAAAUAUCUAUAUUUAUUGCUGGAACAUGUUAGUGGCGGUGAAUUAUUUGAUUACCUAGUCCGAAAAGGCCGUUUGAUGGCUAAAGAAGCGCGAAAAUUUUUUCGACAAAUUAUUUCGGCUUUGGAUUUCUGUCAUGCUCAUAACAUAUGCCACCGAGAUCUAAAGCCUGAAAAUUUGCUUUUGGAUGAUAGAAACAAUAUUAAGGUUGCUGAUUUUGGGAUGGCAUCCUUGCAAGUUGAAGGUUCAAUGCUUGAGACCAGUUGCGGGUCUCCACAUUAUGCUUGUCCGGAAGUUAUACGGGGAGAAAAAUACGAUGGUCGGAAGGCUGAUGUUUGGUCUUGCGGUGUUAUUUUGUAUGCUUUAUUAGUUGGUGCUUUGCCUUUUGACGAUGAUAAUCUGCGUAACUUGCUAGAAAAAGUUAAGAAAGGAGUUUUCCAUAUCCCUCAUUUCGUUCCAGCUGAUUGCCAGAAUCUUCUCAGGACUAUGAUCGAAGUUGAUCCACAAAAGCGGCUUUCUUUAAGCGAAGUAUUCAAACAUCCAUGGGUUGCUGAUAGUUCGAAAGCUGAAAUGGAACUUGAACUACCGAUGGCACAAGUUGUACAGACGUAUAUAAUUCCUAGCGAAGAAAAUAUUGAUUCGGAUGUUUUUCGACAUAUGACUAAUUUGGGGUGCUUCAAGGAUAAGGAAAAAUUGAUCCGAGAACUAUUGUCUCCAAGACAUAACACAGAGAAAAUGGUUUAUUUCUUGUUGCUAGAUCGAAAAAGGCGUAGACCCGCACACGAAGAUGAAACUGAGGUUAUUCUUCGUAGUUCCAAUCUUAGUCAUGAUCCACCGCGGAAACGUACUGAUUCUUCUAGACUCUCCAGAUAUCCAUUUGGUUCAAUCAGUGAAGGAUCUCCAAUCAAUCCUCGAAAAACAUACGGGCGAUACAACCGAGGUCGACACUGCUCACUUGGUGGGUCUCCAAAUGGUUCGACUCGCUCAUCACCACGUGAGUCGAUCGGUGGUAGUAUUGGUCCUUUAACGCCAUCUUCACGACAAAUCUGUAAUGCUGCUUUACAAGUCGAAGAACAUGGAAGAAUUUCCGCGCGUGCUAGCAACUAUCACUAUUAUACCCAACCAGUUGAUCCAGAAGCAUUAGCUGUUGCAGCAAGACGAGUGCGUACCAGUAUCGAUGAUAAGCAUCUUCAAAGGAAUCUUCAACAUUCAAAAGCUGGCUCAAAUAUGAUGCCUGAAACAAAGAUGAGUUCAAGCUCGAGUGUUGGUUCUACAAAUGCAUCCACAAACAGUCUGAGUAGCACAAUUAGUACGUCGAGACCAUGGCGACGGUUAUCGAAUAUCAAAAAUUCUCUGUUGGGAACACCACGGUUUCAUCGUAGAAAACUGAGUAGUGGAAGUAGCGGAACUGGAGAGAGUGAUUCUGAAGAAAAUCAAAUGUUAGAAUCCUCCGAUUUGGUGAAGAAGUCAUGGUUUGGAUCCCUUGCAUCAAGUGUAAGUGUUGAGCGGAAUGAUGUGCAAGUACCUGCUCAUGGGAAGACAGUGAAUACCAUAAAAGCUGAACUUAUACGCGCUUUUCUAACGAUCCACGAGCUUAGCCAUUCUGUUGUUGGUCAGAAUUCAUUUCGUGUUGAAUACAAGCGUGGACCGACUGUUGGUGGUGGUGUUUUUUCGCGUGGUGUCAAAAUGCAGGUAGAUAUUGUCCAAGCGGCCCACAGAACAGCGUCAGAUGACGAAACUCCUAUGUAUGUUGUCCAAUUUGCGCUCCUUGCUGGUCCAGUUAGACGAUUCAGGAGACUUGUUGACCAUCUCACAGCUAUUUUGCAAGCAUCUCAACAAAGGUCUGACAGAAGCAUAGCAUUAAUGGUGCGUCCCAGGAGGCUUUCCGAUUCGAGUGUUAGUAGUGCCUGUUCUGAUUCAGAUUCUAAUACAGCUACAGCGAUCCCACAUGUUCGAAGUCAGACUACGGAAAGAGUUGAGACAAAUUCCACGUUUGAUAAGUAUACUUUACGCUCAGCAAGUGAUGUACGACAUGCACUACCAUCUAGCAACGAUUUAACUUAUCAGAGAUCUCGAAGAAACGUCUUGGCAGCUUAUCUGAAAUCGCCAGUUCCACAUAGGCGAAAUCCGUCGUUGAUAAUAAGUGAAAGUGGAACCCAUAUGAUAACAGGAUUGGGAUCCGUUGGUGGAAAAACACGUAAAGGAUCGUCCGGCACUGGAGUUACAUAUACAGGAAAUGUAAGCGAACAUAAUACAUCAACUCGGAAUAUGCUCGCAUGCAGUGCUUCUGUUGAUGAGCGUUCACCUGCAAGUGCGUGUAGUAUCGAAAACCGAUCUCAACCCGGCACACCUAAACAGCCGUUGACAUCGUCAUAUCGGCAACGAACUUCGCAAAUCCCUAUUCUCAAGUCUGACAAUCUUUGA